ACUGUUGUGGGUGACGUCACGGGCGGAGGAUGCGGGUGCCCCAUUGGCUCGGGCUCCGCCGCCGUGAGCUGGGCUCUUAAAGGGCGACUCGAGGGGAGGCCGGCCCGGCCAGGCGGGCCCAUGGCCAGCACCAGCAGCCACCUCGCCAGAGUUGGCCACCCUUGGCUUUAUAGCUCAUGGUGUACUGCCUGUCUCACCAUGUCGCACUGAUAGUCAUGUGUGAAGAUGGAAUGUGUUAAGAGGAAAACCCACAACCGAGCCAGAGUUAAUUCUGCAGUGAUGGCAUCUGCACUAGCGGGGCUUGUCAUGGGAGUCACUAGAGUCCCUGCCAGUCACUGUCAGACUCUGCACCUGGAUGCCUGGACUGAUUAUAAGUACCACCACCAUUGAGUGGCUCUGCUUCAGGAGUGUCAGAUGGGAGUGGUCCGGGUCCGUAUACAUGGGGAGAACAUCCAUCUUGAGCCCUGAUUAUGAUGCUGUUCCAAUCCAGUCGAGUGUGGUUAUAUGUUCCUGCCCAUCCCCAUCAAUGGUGAGGAACCAGACAGAUUCCAGCACUCCAACUGUCAUUGCCACCUGUGGCAGCAGAAAAGGGUCUAACAUGGAGGGAACUGCAGCUGAAUCAAGGUCUAGUUCAAACUCCCUACAGCAACAUUCAGGACAACAGCCUUCACAGCCUCGAAAAAAACGACGUGAGAAUUUCAAAUUUGGGAAAAUUCUGGGUGAAGGAUCUUUCUCAACAGUUGUCUUGGCCCGAGAAUUGGCAACUUCCAGAGAAUAUGCCAUUAAAAUUCUAGAAAAACGUCAUAUCAUAAAAGAAAAUAAGGUCCCCUAUGUGACCAGAGAGAGAGAUGUAAUGUCCCGUCUGGAUCACCCUUUCUUUGUGAAACUCUACUUCACAUUUCAGGAUGAUGAAAAGCUGUAUUUUGGACUUAGCUAUGCCAAAAAUGGAGAGCUUCUAAAAUACAUUCGCAAAAUUGGCUCAUUUGAUGAGACCUGUACCAGGUUUUAUACUGCUGAAAUUGUAUCAGCAUUAGAGUACUUGCAUGGAAAGGGAAUAAUUCACAGGGACCUUAAGCCAGAGAACAUUUUGCUAAAUGAAGAGAUGCACAUUCAAAUAACAGACUUUGGAACAGCAAAAGUAUUAUCUGCAGAUAGUAGACAAGCACGGGCAAACUCAUUUGUAGGGACAGCUCAAUACGUUUCUCCGGAAUUAUUGACAGAAAAAUCUGCCUGUAAAAGUUCUGACCUCUGGGCUCUUGGAUGUAUAAUAUACCAGCUUGUAGCCGGAUUGCCGCCAUUUAGAGCUGGCAAUGAAUAUCUUAUAUUUCAGAAGAUAAUUAAGUUGGAAUAUGACUUCCCAGAAAAAUUCUUCCCCAAGGCAAAGGACCUUGUGGAAAAGCUUUUGGUUCUGGAUGCUACAAAGAGAUUAGGCUGUGAAGAAAUGGGAGGGUAUGAACCUCUUAAGGCUCAUCCAUUCUUUGAAUCCAUUACAUGGGAGAAUCUGCAUCAUCAGACACCCCCAAAGCUCACAGCAUAUUUACCCGCUAUGUCUGAAGAUGAUGAGGAUUGUUAUGGAAAUUAUGACAAUCUCCUGAGUCAGUUUGGUUGCAUGCAAGUUUCUGGUUCUGCAUCCUCCCCUUCACUGUCUGCCCCAGAGACAAGUCACCCACAAACAUCAGGGAACAUAGAACAGUACAUUCAUGAUCUUGACAAUAACUCCUUUGAGUUGGACUUGCAGUUUUCUGAAGAUGAGAAGAGACUACUACUGGCAAAGCAGGCUGGUGGAAAUCCAUGGCAUCAGUUUGUAGAAAACAACUUAAUACUAAAAAUGGGUCCAGUAGAUAAAAGAAAGGGAUUGUUUGCUCGUCGGCGCCAAUUAUUGCUCACUGAAGGGCCCCAUCUCUAUUAUGUGGAUCCUGUCAACAAAGUUCUGAAAGGAGAAAUUCCUUGGUCACUAGAGCUGCGACCAGAAGCCAAGAAUUUUAAGACCUUUUUUGUUCAUACACCUAACAGGACAUAUUACCUGAUGGACCCAAGUGGGAAUGCUCAUAAAUGGUGCAAAAAGAUACAUGAAGUUUGGCGGCACAGAUACCAUCAGAAUGCUGCUAAAUAGUAAAGUUCAUCCAAAAUGUCCCAGUCUCCCUACUUGCUGCUAGAACUCCAUGUGCAGCCGAUCAGAGGAAUCUUCCCAACCCAUCUAUUAUCCAUCUCAAGGGGAAGCAUAUAUCUGAAAUAUUUUGUUUUUUUUAAAAACAACAAACACAAAUGGAAUUCAGGGUCGCUUUGCUUGCUCUUUGUGCUUCUGUUAAGGCUUCCACAUGCAUAUCGUUGAAGUGAGGAUCUUGCUUUUGUGCACUUCAGCUCUAUUUCUGCUGCAAACUAAUGGAUAAACUUUGCAUUUCGAGCUUCAUUUAAGAUCAGUUAAAACUGAUCGACCGCACACACCCCAGAUCAUGUACCGGUCCUGCACUUUAUGGGGCUGGGAUUAUUUCUGUGACUUUCAGAUUAUCGUUAAACUGUAUUUCAUCAGGGAGCUUUUAAAUGCUUCUGCUGAGGUGUAACCACCACCUCCACUCUACUUUCCUUCCCCCGCCCCCUUUUCCUUUUCUAACUGGUAUCUGGCAUUUGCAGUCAGGUCAGUUGUACCCUUGCAUAACUCCUAAUAUAGUUCUGGUUGCAGGACUUCCGUGGUACUUAUUAUAAUUAUGUGAGUAAAUCAGAUGUAUGUGUCUGGCAGUCAGACGCCGAUGAUACAAGUUGUGAGAAAGUAAAAUGCUGAACAUGGCACUGAAAUUUCUAAAAUUGAAAUUUUGGCUUUUGAAGUUCAUAAAGUUUUAAACAUGGAAUUUUAAUUUGAUGCAUUUACAAGUUUAAUCAAGGGACAAUAAACUUACCAGCAUGCUUUUAAUUAAUACUAACUAAAUUAAAUUAACCAGUUAGUAUAAAAUGUUACUAUUGAGGUAGUAAUUAGACUCUUCAGCUUUUCAGGAGAUGAGGGCAAGUAGCUUUCUUUCCAGGGUAUGCAUGUAUUGUGCAUUUUAGUGGGGCCAACCUAUUUACUUGGGUAGAGAAGGAAGCGUGAAAACUUUGAUGUACAAUUGAUGACUUGAUUUCUCUCUUUCUUUGUAUAAUGAGAUGUACAAAUAUUCUUGUCCUGGUCAUUGGCCAAACAACUUGCAGACCUUUUAGCAAUUCUGAAAAUAUUUUAAACGAUUUAAAUACAAUAAGCUUAUACACUAAUCUGAAUAGUUGGAAGUUCAAAUGAAAAUGUUGACUCAAAGGAGAAAAUGUAUGGUACUUUAGUCAUAUCUAUAAAUGUUUGUUUCAUAUCGGUCUGCUUCAUCCUUUUCAAAUUAAAUUGUUGUGGUCAAACAUUUCCUGUGA